AUGUGGUACGGUCAUUCUGUGUUCCUGAGGCCAGUUCCUGAUUGCGAUGACGAAUACCCUGAUGACGUUGGUGAGCCUUCAGCUGCGUGUACUGAUCCUUCAGCUUUCUCAAGAACACACGAACCACAUAUUGGUGACCAUGGCGAGCAAGAUGCCGUUCUCCCGAAGAAGAGAUCACCAGUGCAUCCGAGGACGGUGCACGGUCAGGAGAGGCCGCAUAAGUAUGUAUCAGAAAUCAUAGUGGGUGGUUUCGAUCCCCACCCGCCUUCUAUAAAAGAAAGGCCUCAGUGUGCCACGGGCUCUGUUGCUGCUCGGACGUUGACAAGAAAGGUGGUUGGUGUCGACGCCGCAUACUUUCCUGAUUGCGAUGACGAAUACCCUGAUGACGUUGGUGAGCCUUCAGCUGCGUGUACUGAUCCUUCAGCUUUCUCAAGAACACACGAACCACAUAUUGGUGACCAUGGCGAGCAAGAUGCCGUUCUCCCGAAGAAGAGAUCACCAGUGCAUCCGAGGACGGUGCACGGUCAGGAGAGGCCGCAUAAGUAUGUAUCAGAAAUCAUAGUGGGUGGUUUCGAUCCCCACCCGCCUUCUAUAAAAGAAAGGCCUCAGUGUGCCACGGGCUCUGUUGCUGCUCGGACGUUGACAAGAAAGGUGGUUGGUGUCGACGCCGCAUACUUUCCUGAUUGCGAUGACGAAUACCCUGAUGACGUUGGUGAGCCUUCAGCUGCGUGUACUGAUCCUUCAGCUUUCUCAAGAACACACGAACCACAUAUUGGUGACCAUGGCGAGCAAGAUGCCGUUCUCCCGAAGAAGAGAUCACCAGUGCAUCCGAGGACGGUGCACGGUCAGGAGAUGCGGUCAUGGUGUGUUCCUGAGGCUAGCAACCUUGAGAAGCGGGCUUCGGCAGACGUGCAUCCUGUGCGCGUGGCGGGCGCUGUCCCGGAAGAUGUGUUCUUUGAACACAUCAGACGCAGUCCUGGUUCACGUUACUAA